AUGGGCACUAAGCGCAUAGCUGUUGUUGGGAGCGGUAUCAGUGGAUUGUCCGCGGCUUGGCUGCUGCACAGGUCUAGGCAUAAUGUGACCCUGUUUGAGGCGGAGGAGCGAUGUGGCGGGCACACGCUUACCGCCGAUGCUGGUGGCGUGCCUGUGGACCUCGGCUUCCAGGUGUACAACCUGACCACCUACCCGCACUUGGUGGGCUUCUUGGAAGCCCUGAAGGUCGACACUGAGCCCUCAGACAUGUCCUUCUCGCUCAGCAUCGACGGCGGCAAGCUUGAGUGGGCCUCUAUCGGCGACCUGGACACCAUCUUUGCGCAGCGCUCCAACCUGCUGAGCCCCACCUUCCUGAGGAUGGUGUAUGAUGUGAUCCGCUUCGGCCGCGAGGCGCCAAAGGUCUUGGAGCCCGGCCACUCUGCGGCGGCGCGCGACCAGACGCUGGCGUCCUACCUGCAGCAGCACGGGUACAGCGACGCCUUCCGCCGCCACUACUUGCUGCCCAUGUGCGCCGCCGUUUGGAGCGUGCCCAAUAGCCAGGUGCUGGAGUUUCCGGUGCAGAUGCUGGUCCGCUUCUGGGUCAACCAUCAUCUGCUGGACCUGACACAGCGCCCCAAGUGGCGCGUCGUGAAGGGCCGCAGCCAGGCCUACGUCAAGGCCGUGCUGGCAGAGCUGCCUGAGGUCCUCACCAGCACCCCCGUCGCCUCGAUCGAGCGCCUGCCCGGCGCGUCCCCCGCCGUCCGCGUCACCCCUGCCGGCGGCGGCACGCCGCGCGAUUUCGACGCCGUCGUCGUCGCGACGCACAGCGACACGGCCCUCAAGAUGCUGGGGGCGGGCGCGACGGAGGCGGAGCGAGAGGUGCUGGCCGCCAUCCCUUACAACAACAACGACGUGUACCUGCACACCGACGAGACGCUCAUGCCGCGUCUCAAGAAGACGUGGAGCAGCUGGAAUUUCCUGGGUUUUAGCAGCGGGCCCGGGGCUGGGGACGACUCAGCCGUGUGCGUGUCGUACUGGCUCAACCUGCUGCAGAACCUGCCGCCCAGCACCCCCCAGCUGUUCGUCACGCUCAACCCGCCGCGGCCGCCGGCAGAGGGCACCGUUGUGAAGCGGCUGCAGCUGGCGCACCCCGCCUUCAGCUUCGCAUCUUACAGGGCCCAGGAGUGCGUUGCCGGCAUCCAGGGCACCGGCGGCGUCUACUUUGCGGGGGCGUGGUGCGGCUACGGCUUUCACGAGGACGGCAUCAAGGCCGGCGUCGCCGCCGCCACCCUGCUGGGUGCCAAGGUGCCUUGGACGCCCAUCAGCACGUCCCCCAAGAUCGGCAUCGCGGACGCGUUCUUCCUCGGGAUCUUCGACAAGUUUGCGCGCGCGACCAUCAAGUUUGGGCGGAUGCGCAUGAUCCUGCCCAACGGCGAGGAGCGCUUCUACGGCAACGGCGAAGACAUCGAGCCGCCUGUGCCCAAGGGCCAGGAGUGGCGCGGCCUGCCGCGGCGCGAGGCGACGAUGCGCGUCCUGAGCAUGUCCCUGUUCAAAAAGAUCGUGGUGAAGCACGACGUGGGCAUGGGGGAGGCCUACAUGGACGGAGACUACCUGGUGGACGAUCUGGGGGCGCUGCUGGCGCUGGUGGUGGCCAACGCGCGGCAGUUGAACGAGCAGAAGGGCCUGCUGGGGGCGUUCAGCUGGAUCGGGGACCGGCUGCUGCACUGGGCGCACCUGCAGCGCUCAAACACGAUCGAGGGCUCCCGCCGCAACAUCGAGGAGCACUACGACGCCGGCAACGCCAUGUACUCCCUCUUCCUGGACCCCUCCAUGACGUACAGCUGCGGCAUACACACGGGGCCGGGGGAGAGCCUGGAGCAGGCGCAGUACAACAAGCUCGACGCGAUCAUCGACGCGGCCGGGCUGGGCCCUGGGGACAACGUUCUGGAGAUCGGCUGCGGCUGGGGCUCCAUGGCCAUCCGCGCCGUCCAGCGCACCGGCUGCAGGAUGACGUGCCUGACGCUGUCCAAGGAGCAGCUGGCUGAGGCGGCGCGCCGCGUGGACGACGCGGGGCUGUCCGACUCCAUCACGCUGCUGCUCUGCGACUACAGGGACUGUCCCGGCGCCGGCACCUACGACAAGGUGGUGUCCUGCGAGAUGAUAGAGGCUGUCGGCCACGAGCACCUGAGGUCCUACUUCAGCCAGAUCGGGCGCAUGCUCAAGCAGGGGGGCAAGGCAGUCAUCCAGGUGAUCGCCCAGCCGGACGAGCGGUACGCGUCGUACUGCAGCAGCAGCGACUUCAUCCGGGAGCACAUCUUCCCGGGGGGCCACCUGCCCAGGUGA